GGGGAAUGUACCUUGUCGGGCUAUAUUCCUUGUUGAAGUGAUUGGCAUUGUGAAUUAUAUUGGUGCACGCUGAAGGUCGCAAGGAUGGGGUUAACGCCGGUACAUUUCUUCUCACAUGGCUCGACUAUGAUGCUAGGGGAGGAGUCUUCCUCUGCAGAUUACUGGCGGAAGUGUGGGGAUGAGGCGCUGGCACAUGGUAUUCGGGGCGUGGUGAUCAUGGGCGCUCAUUGGGACUGCUACGGAGAUCAAAUCCAAGUGUCGACGAACCCAAACCCCGACAAGAGUCCUGUUGCAUACGUGCACCCCUCCAAGUACGUGGACUACAGGCUCAACCCAGAUCUGAAGACGGCGCGGCGCUGUGUCGAUCUACUAGCCAAGGAGGGCUUCAAUGUCAGCGGCAACGACACCUUUGACUGGAUCCAUGAUGUCUAUCUCAUCCUGAUCCGGAUGUUCCCUAAUGGUUGUCCGCCUACGUCGAUUAUCUCAUUGAAUGCCCGGUACGAUCCCCAUUAUCAUAUGAAGGUUGGGGCAGCGCUUCGCCAGCUCCGAAAGGAGAAUUACCUUCUCAUUGGCACCGGGGGCGCAGUGCACAACCUGUAUCGGAAUCGGUGGGCCCCGAUGCUGCGCUUCCGGGACAACUUUGCCAUGGAUACGCCGCCUGAGGGGUGGGCGUUGGGAUUCCGUCAGGCCGUGGAAGAUGUGAUCCUGAAGAGCUCGGGACCACGCCUUCGACGCGCUAUGACACGGUUGAUGAAGCAUCCAGAGUACCGGGAUGCGCAUGCCACGGAUGACCAUUUCAUGGCGGCCAUGUUUGUAGCUGGGGCAGUGGGGGAUUGGGAGGAUGAGGGCAGUCCGGCGGUGUUGGGGGCAGAAACAUGGGAGUUGACCAACAUGUGCAAUUCGCAGUUUACGAUUGGGUCCUGGGGAAAUAAACUUGGAUAGGGUUAUGCACCAUGAUGUUCACGCUGAAUUCUGAGUCCAGUUGGCUUGGUCAUUGAUAAUCACUCAUAAAUUCCCAUCUUGCCUGUCAAUUGUGUAAAGGAAU